UCUCUCACCGGUCCACCGAUCCACCGAUCGAUCUCCAGCCAUUCUUAGUCGGUCGAGCCUCUUCAGGACCAAAGACGGCGUGUUCUCUUCCAGGCUUCAGUUCAGCGCUGGGCACAGAGCGCGUGUUUACCAAAGAUCCGUCCGUGGUGCCGUGAGUCGGAGGGGUGGACAUGAAGGUCAGGCCGUCUCCCGCGGUGGCCGCCCUGUGGGGUCUGCUUCUCCUGGUUCCCGCCCGGGCAGAAGUCGAUCCACCUUCAGACUUGAAUUUUAAAAUUAUAGAUGAAAAUACUGUUCAUAUGUCAUGGACUCGACCAGCUAACCCUAUAGUGGGUUACAGGAUAACCUUGGGUCCAUCAGCUGAUGGACCUACUAAAGAAUUUACGCUUGCAGCUAGUUCUACUGAAACCUUAUUAUCAGACCUCACGCCUGAGGUAGAAUACGUUGUGACAAUCAGCUCCUAUGAUGAAGUCGAAGAAAGUUCACCUGUUUUAGGGCAACUCACAAUUCAGACUGGCGGUCCAACGAAACCAGGGGAGAAGAAGCCGGGUCGACCUGAGAUCCAAAAAUGCUCCGUCAGCGCCUGGACGGAUUUAAUAUUCCUGGUGGAUGGAUCCUGGAGUGUGGGGAGGAACAAUUUCAAAUACAUCCUGGACUUCAUCGCUGCCCUUGUAUCUGCCUUCGACGUCGGCGAGGAGAAGACAAGAGUCGGCGUUGUCCAGUACAGUUCCGACACGAGAACCGAAUUCAACUUAAAUCAGUAUUACCAGAGGAACGAGCUUCUCUCUGCCAUAAAAAAAAUUCCAUACAAAGGAGGCAACACUAUGACAGGGGACGCGAUCGAUUAUUUGAUUAAAAAUACAUUUACGGAUGCCGCUGGAGCCAGGAUCGGUUUCCCCAAGGUGGCGAUUGUAAUCACGGAUGGGAAAUCCCAGGAUGAGGUGGAGAUUCCGGCCCGUGAGCUCCGCAAUCGGGGCGUUGAAGUCUUCUCUUUGGGUAUCAAAGCUGCGGACGCAAAAGAGCUGAAACAAAUUGCUUCCACCCCUUCACUGCAGCAUGUUUUCAAUGUGGCCAACUUCGAUGCUAUUGUGGACAUCCAGAAUGAAAUCAUCUCCCAAGUGUGCUCUGGGGUGGACGAACAGCUUGGUGACCUAGUUAGUGGAGAAGAAGUGGUGGAGCCUCCCUCCAAUUUAAUUGCUUCUGAAAUCUCAUCCAAAUCUGUGAAACUCAGCUGGGAUCCAUCCCCCAGUCCAGUAACUGGCUACAGAGUGCAGCUCACUCCGAUGAUCACAGGAAGCAAGCAUCACGUGCUGAGCGUCGGCCCCCGUACUUCCUCUCUCAACGUGAGGGAUCUCUCCUCAGACACCGAAUACCAGAUCAGCGUCUACGCCAUGAAAGGCCUGACAUCCAGCGAGGCCGUUUCCAUUAUGGAAAAAACCCAACCAAUGAAAGUCCAAGUGGAAUGCUCUCGAGGUGUGGAUAUAAAAGCAGACAUCGUGUUUUUGGUCGACGGCUCUUACAGUAUUGGAAUCGGAAACUUCAUUAAAGUGAGGGCCUUUUUGGAGGUGUUAGCGAAGAGUUUUGAGAUCUCACCCAACAGGGUACAAAUAAGUCUCGUUCAGUACAGCCGAGAUCCCCACACAGAGUUCACGUUGAAAAAAUUCACCAAAGUCGAAGAUAUAAUUGAGGCCAUCAACACCUUCCCCUACCGAGGGGGCUCGACAAAUACGGGCAAAGCUAUGACCUACGUGAGAGAGAAAAUAUUCGUCGCCAGCAAGGGGUCGAGAAGCAACGUCCCGAAGGUCAUGAUUCUUAUCACUGACGGAAAAUCAUCGGAUGCUUUUAAAGAGCCGGCUAUAAAGCUGAGGAAUUCAGAUGUCGAAAUCUUUGCGGUGGGAGUGAAGGAUGCUGUGCGUUCUGAAUUGGAAACCAUCGCCUCUCCUCCGGCCGAAACGCACGUGUACACGGUGGAGGAUUUUGAUGCUUUCCAGAGGAUAUCGUUUGAACUUACCCAAUCUAUCUGCCUUCGAAUUGAACAGGAACUGCAGGCUAUAAAGAAGAAAUCUUACGUGCCUCCGAGGGAUCUGAGAUUUUCGGAUGUGACGUCUUACAGUUUCAAAGCCAACUGGUCUCCAGCGGGAGAGAAUGUAUUUUCCUAUCACAUUAAAUACAAAGAAGCAGCUGGGACCGAGGAAACGACUGUCGUAGAACCAGCUUCCAGCACUAGUGUCAUUCUGAACAACUUACAUCCAGAAACUCUGUACGUGGUCAAUGUCACUGCUGAAUAUGAAGAUGGUUUCAGUGUUCCUUUAUCUGGAGAAGAAACCACUUUGGAAGUUAAAGGAGCGCCUCGGAACUUAAAAGUUACGGAUGAAACCACGGACAGUUUCAAGAUUUCUUGGACCCAAGCUCCAGGGAGGGUCAUGAGAUACCGGGUACUGUACCGGCCUGUUGCAGGAGGAGAAAGACAAGAAGUGACAGUUCCAGCUAAUGAAAGAAGGAGGACACUAGAGAAUCUGACCCCAGACACAAGAUACGAAGUGUCAGUUGUUCCCGAGUACUAUUCGGGGCCCGGAGUUCCACUGACCGGAUACGCGGCGACGGAAGAAGUCCGAGGAAAUCCAAGAAAUCUGAAGGUUUCUGACCCUACAACAUCGACUAUGAAAUUAUCUUGGAGCUCGGCACCUGGCAAAGUCCGAAGAUACCUGAUAACGUAUAUUCCAGUGACUGGAGGGGCCCCUCAGGAGGUGACUGUGAGGGGAGAAAUGACUUCUACCUUACUGAGGGGCUUAGACCAAGGCACCAAGUACUCACUGUCUGUGACUGCCUUGUACGCGUCCGGAGCCGGAGAAGCCCUUACUGGGGAGGGAACGACCCUCGAAGAGCGUGGUUCGGCACGGGACCUAGUUACUAAAGACAUCACGGACACCUCGAUCGGUGCUUACUGGACCUCGGCCCCGGGGAUGGUGCGUGGCUACAGAGUGGCAUGGCGAUCUCUCUACGACGACCUGGAGACUGGAGAGAAAAACCUCCCCGGAGACGCAAUCCACACCGUGAUCGAAAAUCUGCAGCCGGAAACCAAAUAUAAAAUUUCGGUUUUUGCCACCUACGGCAGCGGAGAGGGUGACCCCAUCAACACGGAAGCCACCACGGAAUUGUCUCGAGGCACCAAGAGUCUGAGAGUGGACGACGAGACAGAGAAUACGAUGAGGGUCACCUGGCAGCCAGCCCCCGGGAAAGUCAUCAACUAUCGGGUCGUGUACCGGCCCCGUGGAGGGGGAAGGCACAUGGUGGCCAAAGUCCCGCCCACCGUGACGUCCACCGUGUUAAAGCGACUCCAGCCCCAAACCACGUACGACAUCACGGUCCUCCCGAUCUAUCAGGCCGGGGAAGGUAGACCCCGCCAAGGCUCAGGGACCACAGUGUCCAAGUUUAAAUCCCCCCGCAACCUCAAAACCUCCGACUCCACCAUGUCGAGUUUCAGAGUCACUUGGGAAGCAGCUCCCGGCAAGGUAAAGGGUUACAAAGUCACCUUCCACCCUACCGGCGAGGACCGGAGACUGGGGGAGCUCGUCGUGGGCCCCUACGACAACACCGUCGUUCUGGAGGAGCUCAGGGCAGGCACGACGUAUAAAGUCAAUGUGUUUGGAAUGUUUGACGGAGGGGAGAGUUUGCCGCUGAUUGGACAAGAGAUGACAACGCUUUCGGAUUCGACUGUGCCCCCGAUUUCAUCCAUGGGGCUGGAAUGUCUCACCAGAGCAGAAGCUGACAUUGUGCUGCUGGUGGAUGGUUCUUGGAGUAUCGGGAGACCCAAUUUCAAAACGGUCAGAAGUUUCAUUUCCCGAAUCGUCGAAGUCUUUGACAUCGGCCCGAAAAGGGUGCAGAUUGCCCUGGCCCAAUACAGUGGUGAUCCCAGAACGGAAUGGCAGCUGAAUGCUUAUAAGGACAAGAAGAAUUUGCUGGAAGCUGUGGCGAAUUUGCCAUACAAAGGAGGCAACACCCUGACAGGGAUGGCACUGAAUUUCAUUCGACAAAACAACUUCAGGCCACAGGCUGGCAUGAGACCUCGUGCACGCAAGAUCGGGGUUCUCAUCACUGAUGGAAAAUCCCAGGAUGAUGUAGAGGCACCUUCGAAGAAGCUGCGCGAUGAAGGGGUGGAGCUGUUUGCCGUGGGUAUUAAAAAUGCAGAUGAAAACGAGUUGAAGGCCGUUGCAACCGAUCCAGAUGACACACACGCAUACAAUGUGGCAGAUUUUUCCUUCCUCUCUUCGAUUGUGGAAGACCUCACUGCCAACUUGUGUAACAGCGUCAAAGGCCCAGGGGAUUUAGAAGCUCCUUCCAACUUAGUUACUUCUGAGCAAACUCAUCGUUCCUUCCGAGUGAGCUGGACCGCCCCCUCCGACAGCGUGGAUAGGUACAAGGUGGAAUAUUAUCCUGUUUCUGGAGGGAAACGCCAUGAGUUUUAUGUGAGUCGUCUGGAAACCAGUGCAGUUCUGAAAGACCUGAAGCCCGAGACAGAAUACGUUGUGAAUGUGUACUCCGUGGUGGAAGAUGAAAACAGUGAACCUCUGAAGGGCACAGAAACAACCUUGUCGGUCCCCUCGGUUCAACUGAAUGUUUAUGACAUCGGACCCACCGCCAUGCGGUUGCGAUGGCAACCGCUCAGUGGGGUCACCGGCUACACGCUGACCUACGAGCCCGUCAAUGCUACCCGGCCAGCCAGAGCCAAAGAGAUGCGUGUUGGACCAAACGUGAAUGACGCUCACCUGGUGGAACUAUUCCCCAACACAGAAUACACGUUAACUAUGAAUGCAGUGUUCGGUGAUCUCACCAGUGAGCCCGCCACCGCCCGUGAAGUAACCUUACCCUUACCUGGAGCUAAAGGUUUGAAAAUCAGAGAUGUAACCCACAGCACUAUGAAUGUCUUUUGGGAUUCUGCUCCUGGGAAAGUGCGUAAAUACAUCGUGAAAUACAAGACGUCUGAGGAAGAAGACGUCAAAGAGGUUGAAGUGGAUAAAUCUAGGACGAGUACCCCCCUCACCGAUCUCUUUUCCCAAACGCUCUACACGGUGAAUGUCGUGGCGGUGUAUGACGAAGGGGAAUCUCCACCGAUAACAGCUUAUGAAACCACCCGACCCGUGCCAGCACCAGUCAAUCUGAGGUUUAUGGAGGUGACACCAACAAGUUUCCGAGGAACGUGGGAUCACGGAGCUUCAGAUGUCUCUCUUUACAGGAUUACCUGGAAACCCUAUGGAAGUUCUGACAAAAUGGAGACCAUUCUGAACGGGGAUGAAAAUAGCUUGGUUUUUGAAAACCUGAAUCCGAACACCCCCUAUGAAAUCUCCAUCACAGCCAUCUAUCCUGAUGAGUCGGAAAGCAAUGACUUAACCGGCAGUGAGCGCACAGCACGCUUGAUCCCCCCGACCACACCAGCUCCCCGAAGCGGACCGCGAAACCUCCAGGUGUACAAUGCUACGUCCAACAGCUUGACCGUCAAGUGGGAUCCCGCCAGCGGCCGGGUGCAGAGAUACAGAAUCACCUAUCAGCCCUCAUCCGGAGAGGGCAAUGAGCAGACGACCACAGUAGGAGGAAGAUUGAACAGCGUGCUACUGCAGAGACUGAGACCUGACACCCCAUACACCAUUACCGUCUCAUCCUUGUAUCCAGAUGGCGAAGGAGGCCGUAUGACGGGCAGGGGCAAGACCAAACCCCUCAACACCGUCAAGAACCUGCGAGUGUACGACCCUUCCACCAGCACUCUGAACGUGCGUUGGGACCAUGCCGAGGGCAGUCCUCGUCAGUACAAAGUGUUCUACUCCCCCACCUCAGGCGGCCAGGAGGAAUCGACGACCGCUCCAGGAAACACAAACUACCUCGUGCUUAGGAACUUACAGCCGGACACGCAGUACACCGUCACGGUGGUCCCCACCUAUCCCGAAGGGGACGGGGCACGGACGUCAGACACUGGAAGGACAUUGGUGAGAGGACUGGCGAGAAACAUACAAGUGUACAAUCCCUCCCCCAACUCCCUGGAUGUCCGCUGGGAUCCUGCCCCUGGACCCGUGCAGCAGUAUCGAGUUGUCUACUCUCCUCUGGGUGGCACGAGGCCUUCUGAAUCUAUUGUGGUCCCAGGGAACUCCCGCACUGUGCAGCUGGACCGGCUGAUCCCGGACACACCCUACUCUGUGGACAUUGUGGCCCUCUACCCCGAUGGAGAAGGAAACCCCAGCCCCGCCCAGGGAAGGACAAUGCCACGCAGCGGCCCGAAAAACAUGAAGGUUUUUGGAGAGACGACCAAUAGCCUUACCGUGAGCUGGGAUCACGCCGAUGGGCCCGUUCAGCACUACAGGAUCAUCUAUUCCCCCACGGUCGGCGAUCCCAUUGACGAAUAUACCACUGUACCUGGGAGGAGAAAUAAUGUGAUAUUGCAGCCCCUCCAGGCUGAUACACCAUAUAAAAUCACUAUCGUAGCUGUGUAUGAAGAUGGAGAUGGUGGACAGUUAACUGGAAAUGGCAGGACUGUUGGACUCUUGCCCCCUCAGAACAUCCACAUUACGGAUGAGUGGUACACUCGAUUCCGAGUCUCUUGGGAUCCCUCGCCAUCGCCCACUCUUGGUUACAAAAUCAGGUAUCAUCCAGUAGGUACCAGUGAACCUAUGGAAGUGUUCGUUGGAGAAGUGACAUCAUACACACUGCACAAUCUGAACCCUAGCACUACAUACGAUGUCAGUGUUUAUGCUCAAUAUGAUUCGGGACUCAGCAUACCACUGGUUGAUCAAGGCACCACAUUGUACUUGAACGUCACUGACCUGGUACCUUACAAAAUAGGAUGGGAUACUUUCUGUGUUAAAUGGGCUGCUCACCGUGCAGCUACUUCAUACCGACUGAAGCUAAAUCCCGCAGAUGGAACAAGAGGACAAGAAAUCACGGUUCGCGGCUCGGAAACCAGUCACUGUUUCACCGGCCUUUCACCAGACACCGAAUAUGGAGUAACCGUCUUUGUUCAAACCCCGAAUCUUGAAGGUCCUGGCGUCUCUGUGAAAGACCGAACAGUUUUAAAGCCAACAGAAGCACCAACAGAGCCUCCUACCCCUCCUCCUCCUCCCACAAUUCCACCAGCUCGGGAUGUCUGCAGAGGUGCCAAGGCUGACAUUGUUUUUCUGACUGACGCUUCCUGGAGUAUCGGUGAUGACAAUUUCAACAAGGUGGUGAAAUUUAUUUUCAACACGGUGGGAGCCUUUGACCUAAUCAAUCCUGCUGGAAUUCAGGUUUCCUUCGUGCAGUACAGCGACGAGGCAAAAUCGGAGUUUAAACUCAACACCUACGCUGAUAAGGCCCAAGCUCUUGGUGCCCUGCAGAACAUCAGAUACCGAGGAGGGAACACCCGAACAGGAAAAGCCCUUACAUUUAUCAAAGAGAAGGUGUUGACUUGGGAGAGUGGCAUGAGGAAAGCUGUCCCCAAGGUCCUGGUUGUGGUUACAGAUGGCCGCUCUCAGGACGAAGUUAGGAAAGCAGCUCUGGUCAUACAACAGUCUGGUUUCAGCGUCUUUGUGGUUGGUGUCGCCGACGUGGAUUACAACGAACUCGCAAACAUCGCCAGCAAGCCAAGCGAACGCCACGUCUUCAUCGUCGAUGACUUCGAAUCUUUCGAGAAGAUCGAAGAUAACCUAAUCACCUUUGUCUGUGAAACUGCCACUUCGAGCUGCCCUCUCAUUUAUCUGGAUGGUUACACAUCACCAGGCUUCAAGAUGCUGGAAGCCUAUAACUUAACAGAGAAGAACUUUGCUUCUGUACAGGGAGUAUCAAUGGAAUCUGGUUCUUUCCCUAGUUAUCCAGCUUAUAGGCUCCAGAAAAACGCCUUUGUGAAUCAACCUACAUCAGACCUGCACCCUAACGGUCUGCCCCCAGCCUACACAAUCAUACUGCUAUUCCGACUUCUUCCGGAAACCCCCAAUGAGCCGUUCGCUCUUUGGCAGAUCAUGGAUAGAGACUACAAGCCUCAAGUCGGAGUGGUGGCUGAUCCUUCCAGCAAGACAUUGUCAUUCUUCAACAAGGACACAAGAGGUGAAAUUCAGACGGUCACAUUUGAUACCGACGAAGUGAAGACUCUGUUUUAUGGAAGUUUCCACAAGGUUCAUCUUGUAGUUACCUCAAAGAAUGUUAAGAUUUUCAUCGACUGCUAUGAGAUCGCAGAAAAAGGAAUUCAGGAGGCUGGAAACAUCACGACUGAUGGCUAUGAAAUACUUGGAAAACUCAUGAAAGGCGAUAGGAAAUCAGCAACAUUCCAAAUCCAGAGUUUCGACAUCGUGUGUAGCCCAGUGUGGACGAGUAGAGAUCGCUGCUGUGAUAUCCCAUCCAGGAGAGAUGAAGCGAAGUGUCCUGCUCUUCCAAAUGCAUGUACGUGUACCCAGGACAGUGUUGGACCCCCAGGACCCCCGGGACCUGCGGGAGGUCCUGGUUCUAAAGGUCCCAGAGGUGAAAGAGGUAUCAACGGACCAAUUGGGCCUCCAGGUCCUCGCGGUGAUUCUGGUCCUCCAGGCCCUCAGGGACCCCCAGGCCCUCAGGGACCCAAUGGCCUAUCAAUUCCUGGAGAACAAGGUCGUCAAGGUAUCAAAGGGGAUGCCGGUGAGCCAGGCCUGCCAGGACGGUCGGGGACUCCAGGACUUCCAGGACCUCCAGGCCCAAUGGGACCUCCAGGAGACAGAGGUUUCACAGGAAAAGAUGGCCCCAUGGGACCGAGAGGGUCACCGGGACAAGCGGGUAACCCAGGGUCUCCAGGAGUAACAGGUCCAAGUGGGAAACCAGGAAAACCAGGAGAAAAUGGGAGACAGGGUCCAUCUGGAUUGAAAGGAGAGAAAGGAGAUAGAGGAGAUAUUGCUUCCCAGAACAUGAUGCGAGCAGUUGCAAGACAAGUGUGUGAACAGUUGAUAAAUGGCCAGAUGAGCCGAUUCAAUCAAAUGCUGAAUCAGAUUCCCAAUGAUUACCAUUCCAACCGCAAUCAACCGGGACCACCCGGCCCCCCAGGGCCCCCAGGAAGCGCGGGAGCACGAGGAGAACCCGGUCCCGGAGGCAGACCGGGUUUUCCAGGAACUCCUGGCCUACAGGGACCCCCCGGUGAUCGGGGGUUGCCAGGAGAGAAGGGAGAGAGAGGGGCUGGGUCUCAAGGUCCCCGAGGUCUACCUGGACCAGCUGGUCCCCAAGGAGAGUCUAGAUCGGGUCCACCAGGUUCCACAGGCUCGAGAGGACCUCCUGGCCCCCCGGGGCGUCCCGGAAACUCAGGAAUCCGGGGACCACCCGGCCCUCCCGGAUACUGUGAUUCAUCUCAGUGUGCAAGCAUCCCAUACAAUGGGCAAGGAUAUCCAGAACAAUAUGUGCCUGAAAGUGGAUCCUAUCUGCCCGAGAGGGAACCUUUCAUAGUGCCGAUGGAAUCGGAAAGGAGAGAGGAUGAAUUUGAGGACUAUGGUGCUGACAUGCCGCCGGAAGCUCGCUCCCCGCCGAUGCGCUGGAAAAGAUCAUUGUCCAAGAAACCCAGGAAGCUCAAAUCCUAAAAUGCUUCUUGUCACUCUUGGGGCAGGGGGUCGGAGCGGGGAAAGGGAGGAGGCGUCAAAGAGCAGUUGGUGGCUUUUAUUUUUCAGAAACAUUCUGGGUAUUCUGGAGUGUUUCCUUCCGGCAUUUUCCUAUCAGGACGAGUGCGCCCUCACUGAAGUGGCCCAGGCUGGCUCUGGAAAUGCUGGGAGAUCACUCUUACUUCCAAGCUUAGAUUGUGAGUCUAGGGACAGGGAUCGUGUUCAGUUCCCACCUAUGUAUUCUCUCCCAGCGCUUAGGACAGUGCUCUGCACACAGUAAGCGCUGCGUACGUACCAUUAUUACUACUAGUUUCUUCCGAUUUCUUCAGCUAUUAGCACCAGGAAGUGUUUCCUGUCUCCCAGAUCCAGAGCUGCCGCGUGUUUUCUGAGGACUAGUUAUAGUAGAGGCCCCUAUUCUGGGAAGGUCCUCUUUCUCGGAUGCUUCUGGCAGUUCAGACACGACCCGAAUCCUGGCGUUACCUAGGACAACCAAAAGAAAACAAUCAACUUUAUCGCUUAAUCUCUCUCUUCAGUUAUACUUCAGGGCAUAUACUGCUCUUAUACAUCUCCUUUAAAAACCACAAACCUUACAUAAUGUAGCUGAAAACACUGUAUCGACGAUGCAGUUUUAUAAUGCCUUAAACUCCUUGUUUUAGACACAUUAACAUUUAUGCCAAAUUGCAGACAAUCCUGCAGAGAUGGAAUUGCAUGUUUGUGUUGUAUAUUUAGUAUGGAUUUUUUUUUUUUCAGAAUAUAAUGUUUCUUAGUUAUCAUGAGCAGUUGGAAAAUGUUUGCAAGACUAUGGAUAUAGAAUUGCUGCUUUUAUAUUUUAACUGCAAAUUGUGAAUUUCACUGCCUUAUAUUAUUUAUUUCUCAAACAAAAGAGGCAUUUUUCAAUAAAACUACUGAAAAUUUCA